AUGCCACGCGACCCCUCGGGCGUCCCCCACACCGGCACCCUCGGCCUCUUCGACGACGUCGACGAACUCGCCACCUCGACCGCCCUCACCACAUCCCAUGAACUGCACCGGUUAAAGGGCCAAAUCAGGCGUCUGGAACGCCAUGAUAUCUCUGAAGCACGCCGGCAGUACCGGGAGGAUGGUAGGGAGGUGCGUAGGGAUAAUAGGAAUGCGAAGAAGGAGAAGGGUAAGGGGAAAGAGGGCUGGUGGAAGUCAAUAUUCAGCACCAAGACACCCAAGACUGCGCGAGAGUUUGCAGAGUCUGAAAGACUACAGUCAACGUACGAAAAAGAAGACGGAGAAGACAGUGAGCCCGACAACCGGCAGAAAAAUAUACAGUACAGAAUCGUGCGUCGACCAACUACACCAGAAGCUCCGUGGAAAGCAGAAGAUGUACAGAGUGUUGAUAGUAUAUGGUUGCAGGAGUGUGGUAUGGUGAGGGUGAGGAAUAGUAGGGAAGAGGAAGAGGCUGAGGUUGAUACUGGAAGGCGACGUUGA